AUGGAGUUGAAUCGAAAGUAUUCAGCGCUUCCAGACCUGGACACCGCCCCAGACAUCUACGAGACGCCCGAGUUGACAGAUGGUCAAACUAAUACGGUGAAAUCGACAUCGGACGAUGAGAUAGACGACCAGGAACCACAGGCCGGCGUUGUAAAGCAGCGGCUACGGCCAGGACAAGCGCGUGCAAGAUUCACACCCAGCAACGUUGAUGCCAGAGAUGUGGACUUCUCCGACAGAGUUACGAGCAAGAGGAAAUCAUACAAGGUCACCAACCGUCGCCACAGGAUUUUGGAGGAUGGUACAGAGGAGCUAGGGGAUCUUAGCGAUGACGAUGAGGCGGAGACGUUAGAGCGGAAAGUCAAACGAUUACAGCGUGAGGUUGAGGAGGCCAGGGCCGAGUAUGCCAAGCGAGGGGCAGCAGCUGGAAACGCCUCUGCUACAGAGGGCACAACACCAGAAGGGGAAAUCGAUUCGCUCAGUCGCAUACUCGACAGCAUUGUCCUUCCUGACAGGUCACUGCCGACUACCACUGUGGCUGCUACUGGACCUGUGGACCCGGUCAGCCCCGAAACAGUCCCCAGUGGCGAGGGGGCUACGUAUACAGUCACAUAUGCUCCUACAUACCAACAAAGUCACGCCCUAGCAAAAGCCGCAGAUUUCGACAAGCGACUGCUGCUCCUAGAGUCUUGCCUGGGCAUUGGCUCCUCUGCCGCCCCCGAGCUAGACUCUGGCGGCCUAUCUAGAGCCAUACUGCCCACUCUAGAGACACUCACCAAGCAGAUCGGAACGCUGUCGAGCGCGUCAACAGUCUCUCUCGACGGGUUGAGUAGACGAGUCCGAACGCUAAUUCAGGAUGCCAGCGAGCUCGAGAAGUCACGAAAGCUUGCUAAGGCGGCACAGGACGCCCUGGAAUCGACACAGCUGUCACCGGCCUUGAAGGAAAUGGUGACGAAUGGGGAUGAUGAUGAACCCCGCAACGAAUCGGAGCAGAUUGCACAGCUGAACAGCAUGUACUCGGAGCAGACCACCAAAAUCAAUGCCUUGUAUGGCACGCUCUCAACCAUCGAGAACCUUGCUCCACUUCUACCUCCGCUGCUGGAUCGGCUCAGGUCGCUGCGGGCCAUCCAUGCAGACGCGGCUGCGGCUAGUGAGACGUUGGACAACUUGGAACAGAACCAAAGCGAUAUGGCAGCUGAGAUUAGGUCCUGGCGAGUGGGCCUAGACAAAGUGGAGGCUGCCAUGAGGGACGGAGAGGCGUCGAUGGAGAAGAACGCCAAUGUGAUAGAGGGAUGGGUCAAAGACCUUGAGAAAAGGGUCAUGGCUUUGCCAUGA